AUGCAGAAGCCGGCACUGUUCACCAGCACGUCGAUUGUGGUUCCGGACACGGUGAGCUUGGCUAGGAGUGCCGCUGGCGUGGAUGGGUCGUUCACAUCUAGGGCGUGCCAUUCGCUGCUGAUGGAGGCGAUUUCGGAUACUAGCUCUGGUGUGCGGGAUGGAUUGCGGGAUGUUUCUAUCACGUUUUGGUUAGCAGAUUGGGUGGCUCGGGCGAGGGAGAGGCUUAUGCCUGAGGAUGUGCCUUUUAUUAGCCAGGUUAGGGUCGGUUUGGUUUGGUGA